AUGCAUUUUCCAAGUGAAGACCACAUGAAUGUAGUUAUUCGAAUACUUAGAUAUUUGAAGUCUGCACCUAGAAAAGGACUUAUGUUCUCAAAACAUGGUCGUCUGAAUAUUGAUGGUUACACAGAUGCAGAUUGGGUAGGAAGUAUAACGGAUAGGAAAUCCACAUCCGGUUACUUCACAUUCAUGGGAGGUAAUUUGGUUACAUGGAGGAGCAAGAAACAUAAAGUGGCCAUCUUCUCCAAUGCAGAAGUUGAGUUUAGAGGUAAGACCAAAGGAAUUUGCGAACUCAUUUGGUUAAAGAGCAAGGCUGCAAUAGCUAUUGCACAUAAUCUAGUUCAACAUGAUCGCGCCAAACAUGUUGAGAGCGUUCCACAAUUCACUGGACUAGUUGACAUUGGCGACAUCUAUGCACUAAUGUGA